AUGAUUCGUGCGACGCUACGAGGGACUCAUGUAAAGAAAAAUCGAAGGUUGCAAGCUAAAUCGGUACCCUAUGUGAAUAUUGAAAAUAACGCGGAGCUAAUGAACAACUUAAAAGAAAUUCUAGAAAGAAAAGAAGAAGAAAAAUGCAACAAAUCAAUCCAGGAGAAAUAUUGCGACUUUGUAAAUACCCUCAAAACUGAGGUCAGGAAAGUCUAUACAAAUAAUAAAGUAAUACUAUCCACCAAAACGACUCAAUUACUUAAGGAAAGAAAAUUGCUUCUACAAGACACGAAAAAUAAAGAGACACGUAAAGAAAUUGCAGAAAUAAGUAAAAAGAUCAAAGAACAAAUAAGAAAAGACAGAAAGCAAAGAAGGACAAGCACUCUUCAAUAUCAUAUUAAGAAAACGGGCGGAAUAAAGAAAGCGUUUAAAGAGUUAGAAUUAAAGAAACAUUGGACACUAAAUAUGGAGGAUAAACAGGCAAAAUGUUCUAGCAAAAGAGUUGAAAUUUUCAAUAUUGCUACGGAAUAUUAUAAGGACCUUUAUAAGAGCAAAAAUGGAAAACUCACUACGACUACGAUGGACGACACGCAAGAUUCUGAACCUUUACCACCUGUUCUAAAAGAAGAAACAGAAAGAGCUAUUAUUACGCAGAAGUUAGGAAAAGCACCCGGGCCUGAUCAAAUUACUAAUGAACUUCUUAAAAUAUCAAUGCCAGUGAUUGUCCCCAAACUAACCAAUUUAUUCAACGAAAUAAUAAAAACAGAAAAUAUUCCAGAAGAUUGGACGAAAUCACAAUUAGAAUACGUAAAUGAGUAUAUUUAUUUAGGACAAUUAAUAUCACCGACAGAGAACAUGCAGAAAGAAAUUGAAAGAAGAAUAGCUAACACUUGGAAAAAAUUCUGGUCGUUAAGUGAAAUAAUGAAGAAUAAAGAGAUGCCAAUGUCGGAAAAAAGAAAAGUUUUCAAUUCUUGUAUCCUGCCAUGUCUGACAUACGCAUGCCAAACUUGGGCCUUAACUGAACAACAACAAAAUAAAAUCAACAUAUGUCAGAACGGAAUAGAGAGAAGCGUAUUGGGAGUACGGAGAAAAGAUAAAAUAAAGUUAAAACGGAUGAAAGAAAAGACAAAAUUCGGAAAAGUCCAAUCAGUAUGCAGAAAAUUUAAAUGGCGCUGGACGGGACACAUGUUGAGAGAAAAGAAAGAGAAAUGGACCAGAAUAAUAACUGAAUGGUACCCUAGAGAAAACAGAAGAAGUAGAGGAAGACAGCCAAAGCGAUGGGAAGACGAUUUUAAGAAAGUAGCAGGACCAGAAUGGUUACGUACAGCAAGGGACAGAAAUAAGUGGAAAGCCUUAGAGGAGGCCUUUGUCGAAAGACAAGCUGUUAAUAGGGGAGACCAACCGAAUGCCGAGAAUAUGAUUUAG